ACAAAACAUAAAACAACUUGAGAAUCCAAAUAAGAGACCAAAAUGGCCAAAGCUCAUCACAUAACCAUCCUUCUCUUCCUCAUAUCCGCCAACUUCCUCGCAGUCAUCAACUCAGCUAGGCUUCUUGAUGAGAUCCAACCUCAGUCUCAGUUAGUCCCUACCAACCAAAUCCCAACCGUUGCUCCAACAGAAGCUGAGGAAGAACCUGCACCAGCAACUACACUCCCAUCUGGUCCAGCAGGGGCUGGACACGAGCCAUUACUAGAGUUCUUUAUGCACGACGUCCUAGGAGGGUCACACCCAUCAGCACGUGUGGUCACUGGAAUAGUAGCACAAACCGAGGUGAACGGCAUACCAUUCUCAAAGGCCAGCAACAGCAUCUUCCCUGUAGACAACGGAGUCCCACUAGUCAACUCAAACAACAUCAACAGCGUCAUUAACCCAAACACAGCCCCACUUCUCACCGGCCUAGGCGGCGCUCAAACCAGCACAGUGAUCCAAAACACUAACGGGAACUCCAACGACGCCCUCAGCACCAACAGUCUCCCCUUUGUAACCGCGGGAAACCUCCCUCCCGGUGCUGCUCUCCAGCAUCUCAUGUUUGGAACCAUAACCGUUGUGGACGAUGAGCUAACCGAAAGCCACGAGCUCGGCUCAGCUGUUAUAGGGAAAGCUCAGGGCUUUUACCUGGCUAGCUCCUUGGAUGGGACGAGUCAGACGCUUUCUCUGACUGUGCUGCUAGACAGAGAGCAUGACCAUCAUGACACUUUGGACGAUGCCAUUAGCUUCUUUGGUGUUCACAGGACCGCCUCUCAUGCUUCUCAGAUUGCGGUUAUCGGCGGGACGGGGAAGUUUGAGCAUGCUAAAGGGUAUGCUAUAGUGGAAACUCUGCAUAAUCAGAACAACCAGCAUAUCACUGAUGGUCAAGACACUAUUCUACACUUCAGUGUAUACCUCACCUACUACAAAGCUUGAAGAUAAAAUGUUUGUUGGGUCAAACAAAGAUAUGAUAUGCUUUUGUAUAUGUUCUUGCUCACUAGCUUCCCCUUGUGGCUUUUUUUCCUUUGUUGUGU